CUCUUCGCCGCCUGACAGGACGGGCGGAGGAGGAGGAGGAGGCGGCCUGAGGGCAGGGGGGCUCGCGCGCUCUCCCUCAGCCGCCUCAGGCUAGUCGACCACCACCACCACCACCACGACGACGAGGAGGAGGAGGAGGAAGAGGGGGAAUGGACAGGUAACGGCGCAGACUGGAACUUCUCCGUCAGGACGUCAGAAUGACCGAGUGCUUCCUGCCUCCCACCAGCAGCCCCAGCGAGCAGCGGCGGGUGGAGCAUGGCAGUGGUCUCACCCGCACUCCCAGCUCCGAAGAGAUCAGCCCUACUAAGUUCCCCGGGCUGUACCGGACCGGAGAGCCGUCCCCCCCCCACGACAGCCUGCACGAGCCCCCCGACCUAGUAUCCGAUGAGGAGAAGGAGCAUGGAAAGAAGAAAGGAAAAUUUAAGAAAAAGGAAAAGAGGACGGAAGGCUAUGCCGCGUUUCAGGAGGACAGCUCUGGCGACGAAGCCGAAAGCCCUUCCAAAAUGAAGCGGUCCAAGGGAAUCCACGUCUUCAAAAAGCCCAGCUUCUCGAAAAAGAAGGAGAAGGAUUUUAAAAUCAAAGAGAAACCCAAAGAAGAGAAGCAUAAAGAAGAAAAGCACAAGGAAGAGAAGCAUAAAGAGAAGAAGUCGAAGGACUUGACGGCAGCUGACGUGGUGAAGCAGUGGAAGGAAAAGAAGAAAAAGAAAAAGCCAACGCCAGAGCCAGAGGUGCCUCCGAUGGACGUGCCCCACGUCAGACCCGUGUUCGGGAUUCCCGUGGCCGACGCGGCGGAGAGAACCAUGAUGUAUGACGGCAUCCGCCUGCCCGCCGUGUUCCGUGAAUGUAUAGAUUAUGUGGAGAAGUACGGCAUGAAAUGCGAAGGCAUCUACAGAGUUUCAGGAAUAAAAUCCAAGGUGGAUGAGCUCAAAGCAGCCUAUGACCGAGAAGAGUCUCCCAGCUUGGAAGACUAUGAGCCCAACACCAUAGCCAGCUUGCUGAAGCAGUAUUUGAGAGACCUCCCGGAGAACUUGCUGACCAAAGAGCUUAUGCCCCGCUUUGAAGAGGCGUGUGGGAGGAACACAGAGGGUGAGAAAGUGCAGGAGUGCCAGCGCUUACUCAGAGAGUUGCCGGAGUGUAACUAUCUCCUGAUCUCCUGGCUGAUUGUGCAUAUGGAUCAUGUUAUCGCAAAGGAACUGGAAACAAAAAUGAACAUACAGAACAUUUCUAUAGUGCUCAGCCCUACCGUUCAGAUCAGUAACCGUGUCCUGUAUGUAUUUUUUACCCACGUACAAGAACUCUUUGGGAAUGUGACCCUAAAGCAGGUGACGAAACCCCUUCGCUGGUCUAACAUGGCCACCAUGCCAGCACUACCAGAAACGCAGGAAAACAUAAAGGAAGAAAUCAGGAGACAGGAGUUCCUCUUGAACUGUUUGCAUCGAGAUUUGCAGGCUGGGAUAAAAGACUUAUCCAAGGAAGAAAGGCUCUGGGAAGUACAAAGAAUUUUAACUGCCCUCAAAAGGAAACUGAGAGAAGCGAAAAGACAGGAGUGUGAGACCAAGAUUGCUCAAGAAAUUGCCAGUCUUUCAAAAGAAGAUGUUUCCAAAGAAGAAAUGAAUGAAAAUGAAGAGGUUAUAAAUAUCUUACUUGCUCAGGAGGAUGAGAUCCUAACGGAGCAGGAGGAGCUGCUGGCCAUGGAGCAGUUCCUGCGCAGACAGAUUGCUUCCGAAAAAGAAGAGAUAGAAAGGCUCCGAGCGGAGAUAGCGGAAAUUCAAAGUCGUCAGCAGCACGGUCGCAGUGAAACCGAAGAAUAUUCCUCCGAGAGCGAGAGUGAGAGUGAAGAUGAGGAGGAACUGCAGAUCAUUCUGGAAGACUUACAGAGGCAGAACGAAGAGCUAGAGAUAAAGAACAAUCACUUGAACCAAGCGAUUCACGAGGAGCGGGAGGCUAUCAUUGAACUGCGGGUGCAGCUUCGCCUGCUCCAGAUGCAGCGAGGGAAAUCGGAGCAGCAGGUGCAGGAAGAAGAGGAGCCAGAAAAGCGAGGGGGUGGAUCUCACCAGCCGAGAGACGGUGUCCCGGAGACAAAAGCAGCUAAAGAGCAGCCAAAGGCGGUCAAGGAGCAAGUGAAGCCAUCCCCCAGCAAAGACAGGAAGGAAACCCCCAUCUGAGCUGCCCGGUAGGCCAUUCGCAAAACCCCGCCAGGACCGUGCGACUUAACUGUAGAGCCGCAAGGGAACGUGCACAGAUCGGUUCUCGCGUGGACACUAUGUAAAGCCUGGUCUCUCUAAUCCCGAAGACCCCCGUUUCCUCCAUUGGGAUGACUCCUUGCCAGCAAGGGUCAGGUCAGUUGGAGAACAAACAAGGAAAUGCAGUUUAAAGGCCUGGAGGGGACAGGUGUGUUUUCCAGAUAUCGGCCUAUUUGAAGUUUAACUUGCUUCAGAUACCUUUUAGAACUCAAUAGAGGUUUCGUUUUAAACCAAAAAUGUUGUUUCCUUUUGCUUUCACCUCAGAAAAAUCAGCCCUCUCUGUAUUUUCCAGGAGGGGGGAAAAAAAAAUAUCCAAUGAAACAUGUGAAUUUA